AUGGUCGAACCUUCGAUUGAGAUAGAAACUGCACCGCUUGAAGGUGAAACAUCAAUCCAAACAUGCAACAGAGUCAAAGAAAAUGUUCCAAGCUUAAUAAAUCUUUCGAACGAAAAUCAAAUGUAUCAAAUUACUAAGAAUUUCUUUAAAAGGCGUUCAAAAUAUAAGAAAAAAGAAGAAAAUGAUGCUUCAAUUGACGAUUCAAGCAGUUCAAUGUCUGAAACACUAAAAGAAACACUCAAUUUACCAAAGAAACAUCGAAGAAGUUCUUUAAAGCAUUCAGAAUCAAAUCAAGCAUUGGCAGAGUUAGAGGGUAAUCAAGAGCGUCCAAGACCAGUUUUUGAGGAUUUGCAAAUUUUUCCUUCAAAGCCGACAUCCAAAAUUGAAUACAAAGAUACUCUUUUCAGUCGUUUUGAAGCCGACACACAAGAAGAUUCAUCUAGUUUUAUAAUUGAUACCAACUGUAAGGUUGGAAUUGGAUUUUUCGUAUUUUUAGUAUUACUUGAGAUCCUGUACAUAGUUUUAACAAUCGGAUUCAAGAUUGAAAUAGCUUAA